AUGUCUAAAAGGAGAAUAGAGGUAGAUCCUUACAUUAAGAGAAAAAGGACCGAAGAAGGUGACAAUUCUUCUUCUUCCUCCGGACCCCCCGCACCUAAAUAUUCAAAUCAAUCUCAAUCAGGAUUAUCUAUAAACCCUUACACAAAAUUACCUCACACUCCUCGCUAUCAUGAAUUGUAUAGGAAAAGAAUUACCUUGCCCGUUUUCGAGUAUCGAGAAGAGUUUAUGAAAUUGUUAGCAAAUAACCAGUGUAUAGUAUUAGUGGGUGAAACGGGUUCGGGAAAAACUACUCAAAUACCACAAUGGUGUGUAGAAUACUCAAGAUGUUGUGGUUCCAAGGGGGUUGCUUGUACACAACCAAGAAGAGUAGCUGCUAUGUCGGUUGCUCAAAGAGUAUCUGAAGAAAUGGAUGUUUGCCUGGGGCAUGAAGUGGGUUAUAGUAUAAGAUUUGAAGAUUGUUCUUCAUCGAAAACUAUGCUUAAGUAUAUGACAGAUGGUAUGUUGCUCAGAGAGGGAAUGUCAGAUCCUAUGUUAGAAGCCUAUCAAGUGAUUUUACUUGAUGAAGCUCAUGAAAGAACCUUAGCAACUGAUAUUUUGAUGGGUGUUUUAAAAGAAGUUAUCAAACAAAGAGCAGAUUUAAAGCUUGUUAUUAUGUCUGCCACACUAGAUGCUGGAAAAUUUCAGCAAUAUUUUGAUAAUGCUCCGUUAAUGAAUGUACCUGGGCGAACUCAUCCUGUUGAAAUAUUUUAUACUCCAGAACCGGAAAAAGAUUAUUUGGAAGCUGCUAUACGUACUGUGAUACAAAUACACAUGUGUGAAGAAAUACCUGGAGAUAUUUUAUUGUUUUUAACAGGACAAGAAGAAAUUGAAGAUGCUUGUAAAAAAAUUAAAAGAGAAAUUGAAGGCAUUGGACCUGAAAUAGGUGACAUGAAAUGCAUUCCAUUAUAUUCAACAUUGCCUCCCAAUUUGCAACAAAGAAUAUUUGAACCAGCUCCUCCUAAUAAACCUAACGGCGCCAUUGGUAGAAAAGUUGUCGUUUCGACAAAUAUUGCAGAAACUUCAUUAACUAUUGAUGGAGUUGUGUUUGUUAUUGAUCCAGGAUUUGCUAAACAAAAAGUUUACAAUCCUCGUAUUAGAGUCGAAUCUCUGUUAGUGUCUCCUAUAAGUAAAGCUUCUGCUCAACAAAGAGCCGGUAGAGCGGGUAGAACGCGCCCUGGAAAAUGUUUUAGGCUUUACACGGAAAAUGCGUAUAAACAAGAAAUGCAAGAUAAUACUUAUCCAGAAAUUUUAAGAUCAAAUUUAGGGUCGGUUGUUUUGCAACUAAAAAAACUUGGAAUUGACGACUUGGUUCAUUUUGACUUCAUGGAUCCUCCAGCUCCGGAAACGCUUAUGAGAGCAUUAGAACUUCUCAACUAUUUAGAGGCUCUUGACGAUGAUGGAAACUUAACUCAGUUGGGCGCCAUCAUGGCCGAAUUUCCUUUAGAUCCUCAAUUAGCAAAAAUGUUGAUAGCUAGCUGCGAUCAUAAUUGUUCCAAUGAAAUUCUUUCCAUCACGGCUAUGCUCUCAGUCCCACAGUGUUUCGUGAGACCAAAUGAAGCAAGAAAAGCGGCUGACGAUGCAAAAAUGAGAUUCGCUCACAUAGAUGGUGAUCAUUUAACACUUUUAAACGUUUAUCACGCCUUCAAGCAAAACAUGGAAGAUCCACAAUGGUGUUAUGAUAAUUUUGUCAACUAUAGAUCUCUCAAAUCGGGGGAUAACGUUAGACAACAAUUGUCGAGAAUCAUGGAUAGAUUUGAGUUAAAAAGAACGUCAACAGAAUUCACGUCGAAAGAUUAUUACAUCAAUAUAAGGAAAGCGUUAGUUGCUGGAUUUUUCAUGCAGGUGGCACAUUUAGAAAAAACCGGACAUUAUUUAACAAUUAAGGAUAAUCAAGUUGUUCAAUUACAUCCAUCAACUUGUCUCGAUCAUAGACCGGAAUGGGUUAUUUACAACGAAUUCGUAUUGACGACAAAAAAUUACAUUAGGACAGUCACAGACAUAAAACCGGAUUGGUUACUUAAAAUCGCUUCACAAUAUUACGAUUUAGAAAAUUUUCCACAAUGUGAAGCCAAAAGACAAUUGGAGCUUUUACAAUCAAAACUUGAAUCAAGGCAGUAUCAGGAAGGUUUUUGA